GAAUAAUUCAUGUUCCCGUAAUUAAUGGUAAUAAAUGGUAAUUAAUUUAAAUCGUUUAAAGCUCUUAGCGCAUGAGGAGCAAAUAUUAAAAUGAAGUUCCGCUAUUCUGGAUACUAUAAACCAUUUCAUAAUAAUAAACUACUAAAGAUAGCGGCCUUAGUAAAGCUUGAAGCGAAGAAGAGGAUCAUGAAUUUCUGGAAGUGAUGAAAUCUUGUUUAUUCAUUAAAAUGCUUGUGAAGUGCGCUGGCGCCUACAUAAGAAUAAAACAUCACAGCAACAGUUACGUAGAAAUCGUAAUGAAUAGUAAAAAAUUUGAAAUAAUAACUAAUAUUGAACAGUACAUGAAUUAUAAUAGAAGAUUUAAGCCGCGAUAAGACUUGUCAAAUAGAUGAGUUGUCACCGUCGUAGUUCUCCGAAGAAGAAUUUUGCAGAAUCUCAGUGAAGAAGUGCUGAAAAUAUCUAGAAAUAUGGAGCCAGGAACUCUUACAAGAGUCUUACAUGACUUUCUGACAACUGUCGAUGGUGAAUUGAGUCUCCUUAAAGGAGAUUACUUUUUGAUAAACACGGUUAUAGAUAAGCAUUGGAGUUACGGCCAAUCUCACAGCAGGACAGGAAAAUUUCCACUUAAUUAUCUGCAUAAGGUUCAAGUUCCACAAAUACAGGACACCGAAAGCUUGUUCAUUUCUAUUGCAGCUUUCUCUGGAGAACAAGAAGGAGAUUUAUCAUUUGGAGAAGGUGAACUUAUUGUGGGUAUACAAGAAGUCGAAACAAAUUGGUACUUGGGAUAUAUAGACUCAAGAAAAGGAAUUUUUCCAACUUCUCAUGUGUGGAAGCUUGACUCUACUUUGCUGAAGAAAGCAGAGACAACAAAGAAAAAUAUAUGCAAGAAAGCAAAAGUAAAAACAUCGUUGCAAGCACAACUUGAUGAAGAAUUGGAUUUGAAGGAAGGAGAAAUUGUGACUGUUACUGAAAUUUUUGAUGAUGGGUGGUGCCGUGGAAUAACUGAAGAUGGUAGCCAAGGUACGUUUCCAGAAGGUUUUAUAGCGUACAUUGAAGAAUCAGUUGUGAAUCAGGCUGAUACAUUAUCUACAAUGGACAAUAGCGCAAUGCAAUCGUUAUCAACCAAUGAUCGAAUUUACAAAGACUUCAGUGAAUUUUCUACUGUUCAACAUUAUGAAGAAGAGCCCGCACCUAAUUACUAUGAUUUAUUUCCUGAAUCAAAACAAUUGGAUGAAUCAUCUCAGGAUGUUUUAGAUGAUAACAAUUUAAAUCCUCUUGGUGUUAAACCAUAUGCAAUCACAUUAUUUCCAUUUAAUGCCCAAUUUCCAAAUGAACUAAGUUUUGCAGCAGGAGAAGUGGUACAUCUAAUAAAGCAUAUAGAUACAGAAUGGGCAGAAGGCUCGAUAGACAAUGCCAAGGGAAUCUUCCCAAUAUCGUAUGUAAAUGUUAUUGUCAAUUGUAUAGAAGUCAGUAACAGCCAACCGUCACUAACUGAAGAAGCGCCAGUGACAGUAAACAAAUAUGAUGCACUAGAGCCAGAAACGCCAUGUCAGGUAGAAUUUACUUUCAAUGCUCAAAUGAAUGGCGAUUUAAGUGUGACAGAGGGUGAUAUCGUUACUGUGGUUGAAAUGGCCAAUGAUGACUGGGUAAGUGUAAAGGAUAAAGAUGGCGAAGUUGGCUUGUGUCCUAGAGGAUAUCUUAAUCCUGUUAUGGAGCAAAAUACUGAUCCGGAUGAGCACCUGUUCGAUUAUGUUAUGGUAAGAGGAGAAAGAAAAAAUUCGACUGAAGUUGAAGAUCAGAAAUCAAAAAGACUUUCUGAGCCACAUCGACCAGCACCACCAGCACCUGCACCUGGACGGACACCAUUACAAAAACCAUCUCCUCCUGAUAAAAAUAGACCUGAAGAAUCGUCAAACGAGAGCGAUAGUGCAGAUGCUGCAAGUGCUGCUCUGAAGCAGAAAAAAUUCGAUCAUAGACAAAAUGUUAUAUCCGAACUAGUACUGACAGAGAAGGAAUACGUACGAGACUUGAAGAUAACAUACGAAACUUUUCACUUAUAUGAUCAUAAUUUUCUCGAAUCGCGUGGUAUUGAUGUAACAGUAUUAUUUGGAAAUAUUGCUGAGGUCACUCAAGUCGCUGAGGAAUUAUUGGAUAAAAUCUUACGAGCGAUGAAAGGUUGUGACGAAGAAUGCCAGACAAUAGGUCCCUGCUUCUUGAAAAUGUCUGAUAAAAUGCAACAUGUUUAUGUUAAAUAUUGUAGUAAUCAUGAAGCGGCAUUGACAUUAUUGAAAAAGUAUGAGGAAAAUAGAGAAGCUAUGGCCAUAUUUGAGAAGGGAAUCGAAACUUUGCGACAUCAGAUAGCAUGUUUUGAUAUGAGUUCAAUUUUAAUUAAACCAGUACAAAGAAUUCUAAAGUAUCCUCUUAUGUUGUACGAGUUAAUUAAGUGUACCGAAGAUGGCCAUCCAGAUAAACCGGAGAUAGAAGAAGCAUGGAAGGCUAUGACAGAUGUAGCAAGCUACAUAAAUGAAUAUAAACGCCGAAAAGAUUUAAUAGCUAAAUAUUUCGAUUCUGAAACAACUUUAAUGAGGAAAAUGGCGAAACUGAACAUGCACUCCGUGGCCAAGAUGUCGACCAGACUCAGUGCUAAAUUAUCAGCUUCCCUAGGAUUGACUAAUCUGACAAGCGAUCCUGAAUUUAAUGAACUCGAGCGAAAAUUUAGAUCCAUAGAAAAGUGUCUAUACCAACUUGGAAAAGAUGCUGAACAGUCUGUUACGUUCGUCAGCGAAGAAGCACUUUUUGGAAAAUUAUUGGCUGAUAGUAUACUCAGUUAUUAUCAAGGUACAGUGAGUGACGAAGUAAGAAGAUUAAAAGACACUCGUUCGGUGAUUUGGAGGACUUUCUUGGAAGAUCUUAGAACAUGUCUGCAGACAAGAGUACUUACACCGGUAAAUACUCUCGCCACACUUCUAGAGGGACCAUCAAUGCUAAUCACAAAAAGAUAUGAUAAACUAGUUGAUUACGAUGCGGCAAUAUCGAGAAGUGAAAGGAAUCCAGACGCCAAAAUUGUUCAGGAUGAGUUGUCCAUUGCAAAAAUGAACUUUGAAGCAUUGAAUCAACAAUUGUUAGAUGAAUUACCAUCUCUAAUUGAAUCUGCAACGACAAUUCUGGUCACCUGCAUUGGUGCAUUUACAAAUUCACGCAAGCUCCUGAGUGGAAAAAUUACAAAAAGAUAUUUAGGACUCUUCGAGAUCGCUACUCAAGUAAAACCACACGACAUUCUUGAAUCCUUCCUAGUACAUCAUAGUUUACUAUGGAAUCAAAUUACACGAUUUAGCAUGGCUGGUACUAAUCCCAGAAUCGAAGAAACUCAGGUGCACUGGGGUCCGCAGAAUAACAAACAGAAAAUGAUGCUCCAGAAUAAGUUUCCUCCGGAGAGGCUAUAUAUCGUGAAUAACGAUAUAGUCAGUACUUCGGCAUUAGACAUCGGAGCUGUGAAAGGCACCUUGGUAGCAGUAAUAAAAAAACAAGAUCCUAUGGGAGAUACUACAAGAUGGUUCGUCAACAAUGGAUCUACUCAAGGUUUCUUACCAAGCCAGUGCCUAAAAUCAUUGUAUGAGUUACAACGGACUUCUAUAAGUAGCAGCGAAUCAUUCACAAGUCAAGAAAGCUGUGUUGAUCUUAUGUCUUUGGAUUCACCGGAAAAGGAAGCUUCACAGACACCGACUUCGAGACCACAAUCUUAUUAUUCAAUCGUCGAGGAAGAAUCUGCAGACAAUCACUAUUAUGGAAACGUAAAAGAGGCUAGUCAGCCUCAAUCCUACCAAAACAUUGACCCUAAGUUUUAUUAUGCGAUGUACGACUUCCAAGGAUUAUUGCCAGGUACACUCUCAGUUAGUAAAGGGCAGGCUGUAAAAGUUUUACAAACACAUGAUCAGAAGAAUAACGAGGCUUGGUGGUUAGUAGAGGAUCGUUAUGGUAAGACUGGAUACGUGCCACAUAAUUAUUUAGGACCAGCUGCUUUGGUGAGUCAGUGACCUUUAUUAAGAUAGAUAACUAUUAUGUUCCCAUCCACUCAUGGUAAAUGCAAAAAUGCUUUGUCUUAUCGUUCACGACACGAGUUAUCAGCAUUGCAGGUAACUCGUACGCUAUAUAUUCUAUGAAUUUAAUCAAAUUUUGGAUUAUACGUAUACAAAAUAUUUAAACAUAUAUCUAUAUGUAAAGUUUACAAUUAACUUGAUUUAUUUGUAAAUGCUGUUUGUAAAUAUGAGGUUAAUUUCUCCUGUACAGAUAUGGAAUAGCUGUGAUAAUUUAAUGGUACUGGUAACACUAAGUUUUAUCAAUUGGUGUUUACAGUCAAUUUAAGUCAUUUGUAGCUAAUAAUUGAUAAACUUUGACUUGACGUAAACGAU